GAGCGGGCGUCGUGUUGUGACGCGUCGCGAGGGGGAUGCGGCCCUGGUGACCCGAGGCUCGGUAGUGUUGUGCCCUUGCCGCUGCUCAUUCAUGGUACUGCCUGCACUAUGCGUUGGCGCGCGCGCGCGGCUCCUUCCCGCGCUAAGGAGCGCGCCAACAUCAGCUUCUUUAUCUUUAUCAUGUUCUUCGCCGUCUUCGGUGUGAUCAUCCUCACUGAACUGCUGCUUCUAGAACGUCCCAACGCGACAGGCUCAACACGAUCUAAAUUUAAUGAAGACUUGCCGAAUUGGGAAGGGCGAACAGAGACUGGUGGGGAUGGGGGCGAGCCGCCGCCGCCGGCGCACGCACCGCUGGAUGCUGUAUGGCAGCCAGUGGCCAGCACUAGGUUUAGAUUCUACGUGUAUUCAGCGUACGUGGAGCGACGAACUCUGGCAGCCGUGCGAGUGAUAGCGGCGACGAGGACUCGCGGUGCCGACCCUGUUAUCUGCCGCCUCUGGUUGCCGGACAAUAGGACUCUCACACUCAAGGCUAGAGUGAAGCCAAUUCGAGAGAACUGGAAUUUGAAGUACAGUGCGACGUAUGUGCUGUGCCUACUGCGGGAGACGGGAGUGAAGCCGCAGGAGACGGUGGGCGCCUCGCUGUCUGUACUGGCCAGCACGGCGCAGCAUCGCCCGCCAACCAAUCAACUCAUUGUGCUCGACACUAAUCCUAGGCAGGGCAUCGAGGAAACCCUGCACGUGUGUGUGAAGCCGUUCCACUUUUCCUAUGCGCGCGCCGACUGGCUGCUGGAGUGGUUCGAGCUGAACCGUCUGCUGGGCGUCAGCCACUUCUACAUGUACAACGAGUCCCUGAGUGCGCCCGUCUCCUGCCUCAUAGAGCACUACCGCAAGCAGGGUCUCGUCACUCUGCUGCCUUGGAAGCUUCCUAUUGUAUCCAAAGUUGAAAUAAGGACGGAGGGCCAGUUCGCGGCGUUCAACGACUGCCUGUACCGGUCGAUGUCGGCUGCGGGCUGGCUGCUAGUCAUCGAUGUGGACGAGGCGGUGCUGCCACGGCGCGAGCGCACGCUGUCCGCGCUAUUGACUGCGCUGCGAGCCGCGUACAACCCGCCUUCUAAGGCCCCAUCCGCCUUCCUCUUUAGGAACGCGUUCUUCUACUUGGGUUGGGAGGACGACGCCGAAGCCCCGGCGCCUUUGUUGACGUCGCGCAAGACGCGCCGCUGGGCCGCGCCGCACGCGGUCAAGAACCGCAGCAAAUACGCGCUGCGGCCGCGCGACGCCGUGGAGCUCGGCAACCACUUUGUGUGGGAGCUCGCGCCCGGCGCCAGCUCCGUCGGCGUGCCCACUGACCGCGCCCUGCUGCAUCACUACCGGAUGGCGUGUGAGUACGGCGGGCAGCAGUGCCUGACGGUGCCGUCGACGGUGGACCGCACGGCGCACCGCUGGGCAGACGACCUCCUCAAGCGGGUCAGUGCUGAAAAAGACGCAUAUUUAAGAACGUGCCCCGCCUGAACACUUCGCCGCUGCAUCUCCCUCGUUGUACAAAUUUACAAGUACAUUUUAAAAUGGUCUCAUUAUACCAUAGAUAUUAAAAUACGACCAUGGAGGUUAAAUAUUAUCACGUUAAAUGUCACCACAGAUAUUCGAUGGAAAGAGAUUCGCACUGUUUUUUAAGCAUCCGUUAAUCAUGUUGAGUUUUUUUACAAACUUUUUGACCAUCAAUCCUUUGCUGGUGAUAUGUGAUCAGUUAGACUAACUAACUCUGUUUAUUUUAGUAAAAUGAAAAUUUUAUAUCAAUUUAUUCAUUAAUUAACAUUAACAUAAAAAAGAUUUAAGAUCUUUCUUUGCAUAGUGAUUUGUGAUUUUUUUAUCCAAGCUCCAUUUCGAGCUUCGCAAUACUAAUAUACGAUUCUUUGGUAAUAUGGAUAAUUUUUUGGUAAUAUCGUGACAAUAUUGAAUCUCUGUGGUCCUAAGUAAUUAAAUCUGCAUUAAAAUUUAUCUGUACAGUUUUGUUAAAUACAAUACAAAGUCCAAUCCAAAUAUUACUAAAUAAAACUAUGCUCUUUACUACUUGUACAAAAUAAAUUAAUUCAGUAACUUUCAACUAUUUAUCAAUCUAUCAUAUAUAAUUUAUCAAUCUGAAUAUUUUAUUGUAUCAAAUAAAACGUUAUUGUAUGUGAAAUAAACUUAAGUAAAAUUUUAACAUUUAGAAAUUGUAAGAUGGCAUCAGUUUAUUAUGGCAUAGAAGUUCUAUUAUUCAACACUUUUAUAAUCGCAUUUUAUCUAUCUGUUAAUUUAAAAACAUCAAGAUACCAAAUAUUGAUAUUUCUUUCAUAAAACUGUAUAAAAAAGAGAUUUUAGAACGUUUUUAAGGUUCACUUCAGAUAUCGUUAAAAACAUAACUAGUUGCCCUAAUAAUUCGAAGUUGUCUUGUAGUUAUUAUUGCAUCAUAAUAAGAGGACCACUUAGUACCAGUGACAUUUAAAAGCUACAAUGUAUUACCGCCAUAUUAUAAACAUUUACCCCAACUGACAAGAGUUAUGUCUUUAGCGUUUAUUAGCUAAGGCUGGGACACACUGUAUUUGUAGAAAAAAAAAUGUUAUUGCUCUAAACAGUUAAAUCGAGCUAAACUAUCGCACAAUUGU